CUCCAUUGCGUAAUUUUUCAAUCAAUACAUACUCCAUACAUUUAUUGCCGGUUGAUUUUAUUGUUAGAUUUGUUUCAUUUAACACAUUUUCGUUAAAAUGUUCACAUCUCGUGGAGUUGGAUCCGUAAUCCGUGUGGUCAAUGCUUCACGACAGAAGCACACCCUUCCCCAACUGCCAUACGAGUACAAUGCACUGGAACCGGUGAUCAGUCGUGAGAUUAUGAGCCUACAUCACAGCAAACAUCAUGCUACUUACGUCAAUAAUUUGAAUGCUGCAGAAGAGAAACUCGCACAAGCCCAGGCUAAGGGUGAUAUACAAACAGUGAUCAGUCUGGCGCCGGCCCUAAAAUUCAAUGGAGGUGGGCACAUCAAUCACACAAUUUUUUGGCAGAAUCUCUCAGCAAAUGGUGGUCAACCAUCUGAUGCUCUUCUCAAAGCAGUUGAAAAGGAUUUUGGUUCAUUGGAGAAUUUGAAGAAUCAGCUGGCCACAUCAUCUGUGGGUGUGCAAGGCUCUGGCUGGGGCUGGUUGGGUUAUAAUAAGCAAUCAAAGAAACUCGAAAUAGCCACAUGCCAGAACCAGGAUCCAUUGCAAGCUACAACAGGUUUGAUUCCUCUGUUUGGAAUUGACGUUUGGGAGCAUGCUUAUUACCUCCAAUACAAAAAUGUACGCGCUGACUACGUCAAAGCUAUCUUCGACGUGGCCAACUGGCAAGACAUCUCCUCCAGAUACGAGAAUGCAUUGAAGUGAAUACUAUUGGCAUUUUUACAUGUAAAAGCUUUAAUGAUACUGCAAUAGUCACCUAGUGAACUCACGCAUUAGAAUAUUUUUAUGUGAUUCUAAAAUAAGU